GUAACUACCCUCUCUCCUCCCCACGGCCGCAGCCUCAUGAAAGCCAUCAAAGGCGUCUUGCUCACAUGUGACGCAGCAGUCAAGCAGAUCUUGCUCACACUCAACGAGAAACAGAGCUUCAUCGUCGAUGAUCUAGAUGAUUUCCACGUUGUCAUCAAGGCAGAUAUGGAGUUUAACGUCCGUAGACAGCUGGAGGCUGAGCUCGAGAAAAAUACAUAUAGUCUCGAUCAGCAAUGAGAAGUUGUCUGGCCGUAAUCAGAAUGAAUUGGAAUUUUGGCGAACAAUGUAAGCUAUGGCUACAUACCACAGAGUCAAUACUACCCUUCAUUUAGUAUGACGACGUGCGUUUCUCUUCCAUUUGACUUCCAAUAAUCCAUGAAACCUGUGAUGAAUAGCUUGUAUUACUUCAACACAUGACGCGAGGUGUGGUCAUUGACUGCCCGCUUGCGAAUGAAACGCACUUUGGUCUUUGGACCAAUGCGUCAAUCUUCUCUCUGAAUACAGACU